UCAUGAAAUAAACACGCAGAGCACGAUGCCAGUCUGUUAAUGUGAAGAAUGGUGCAUGCUGCAGGCGGGCCGUUGAGGUUAAGGUGGGAUUUCCAUUGCUGAGACUCACUCGAGAUGAGGGGGGACAGGACAGACGUCAGUAGUUGAGAUUCUGAGACCUGAUCUGGUGCUGCUUUUACAUCUUCCCUUUGAAGACCAGGGUGCAGUGUCCAGACAGAGACUCUACAGAAGGUUCUAUAUAUCUACCUAUGCAGCUCUGUCUGUCUCUCCGCUGACUGUAUCUAAUAACCUGUAUUUGGACAGGUGGAGAGCGUUGAACAGGAAAUGGCAGACAGGGUGAUAUUCUCGGCCCUCGCUGUGCUGCUCUGCUUAUCUGGUGCGGUGCUUGGACAACAACAGCCAGACUGCAGUCACUGCUAUAAGAUCGAACCCGGGGUCAUGGCGGGGAUCAUUGCCACAGACGUGGUUCUGACUGUCCUCAUCGUGGUCUUUGUCUAUUACUUGGCCAGCCGAAGGAGGGAGAAGAAGGAAAAAGCAGACAAGGUCUAUAUAAACAUGCCUAACAUGGAGCGGAGACCCUACCUGAAGUCAUGAAGGCAAUACAGCUUCAAGUCCCAGCAUCAUUUAUCCUGAAAUCAGAGGUGUCUUCCAUGUGGAGGGCAUCCUACCGUUCAAUAAAUCUCUGUUUCUUAAGCACUAUAGCAUUUAUCGAUUGAUGUUGUUAUUUUGUAGAAGGAUUUAGCAUAGUAUAGGGAAAGCAAGGUGCAAACUGCAAAACUUGUAAAGGGGCGCUAUGGGCUCGCCUAGACCUCUUGAAGAGGCUGUUCAUUUCUAAGUUUUGAAUACUCAACAUGCUUGCACUUUUUAAAAUCUAAUUUGUUUGGGUAAUCAUCUUUUUUUGAUGCUGUUUGUGGCAUCAUUUCCAAUGGUGUUGCAAAUCACUUAGUUCUUCCCCUGUGGAAAUGUAAAAGCUGUUUAUCUUCCAGCUAACUGCAGUCUGCCAGCUUCUAAGCAGCUUGGGUGAUAAAGUAUAGAACCCUGCAGGUUACAGCGGAAUACAAUAGCUCUGCAUCAGCAGUCACUUGGCAAGUCCACAGCCAGGAGCUGCGGAUACAUGCACAGCAGGAAACAACUAUUAAACCUCAAUAACGGAUCAAACCACAAUCAGAAAGUCUGCAAACGUCAUCAAA